GGUCAUCCUGGAGGAGAUAGCGGAGAAGGCGAUUCGACAGGCGGUCUACGGCCGGAACGUAUAGGAGUAAGUAAUUGGGCAAUACUAGUCAUUGAGUCUGGAUAUUCCGAAAUAUUACUCGAGCUUUAUAAGGAUAUGCAGUGGUGGUUUCAGGUAUUAAACCACGAGGUCAAGAUUGUUAUUCUGGCGAAAUUUGACGACCAGAAGAAAUCUCGACUCCAUAAGGAGCGAUCACGCGGACAGAAUGGUGUUCUCAGCCUAGUGAAACGGCAGUCAAUCAUCAUCACCCGCAAUAAGACAACAAAUCCAGUAUCGUACAAUAUUACUAGGGGGGCAUUAGUACUAGGAUUUCGACUUCUUUUUCUUCGCGAUCUAGGCCCGCAAGAGGGAGAUUUUGUACUAGCAUUCAGAGCCUGCAGCUGUAUGCAGAGAAAGUCUAGGCUAAGCUGCCGAGAUCAGACUAGCCAACCAGAAAUCAGUAGAGGCCGGUAA